CUCCCUCCUGUACUGCAUCGACCCUUCUUSMGAUCUGCUUGAUUUGUCCCGCUGAUAACGGCACCCUCGAAUAGGCCUCCACUCUCCUGUUGUCGGCGGUUUUAUCGACUAUCAUAUACGACUUCGGAGGUGUCGUCUGACCUCYACAAUCAGUAUCAGAAUCGAAGUAGUUUCUUUGAACGUGAGAUCACUGGUGCACUGCGGGAUUAACAUACUUUGGAGUUGGAAGGAAGCCUGCUGUGGAACUUUGAAGGUUUCUCAAAACAACUCCUUCAARUCAAUCGGAAAAAUCUGUUGAGGUUAUCUACUUGGCUGGUUUUCCUACUGACGGUACCUUGCACGCAACGGAAGCGAAAAAGAGGAGUGAAUACGCGACAGCGUUCUCAGCUUGAGACACCUAGUAGACUCGAGUUAUAMCGUUAUCCUCCGCCGUGGAUAUUGUCAAAAUAAAGUUGAAUUACUAUGUCGCAAGGAAUACAACAACCCUUAUUUGCCUCUGCCUCWGCGCAAGGCCAGGUAUGUCUGAAGAAAAUGGCUUGUUUURAGUGCAUGUUUUGUUUUUCGUCUAUUGGGUUCUUUUCAGAUUCCAUUCCAUUUGGGAUUAAGGAUUCUAAUCUCCGCAUUGUUUYGUUUCUACCCCUUACCGAUKUUUCCCUGGAAAAUAAUCUAGGGAGAUGAUUUUGACCUAAAUGAGAUUUUUGCAGAGUACUUCAUCAGUGAAUUCGAAAAUCCUCACAAUGCUUACACCAAUGCCAUGGGAAACUAUGUUGCUGGUCCGGGAACCGUAGCACCUUCACCAGCGAUCACAGCUCCUGCACCAGCUUCUACCACUUAUGCUCCUGCCCCUGUGCAACAGAUGCAGCAACCUGGAUUGAGCACAGGAAUUAGGACCCCCUACCACUCGGCGGUAGCCGUUCCUGCUCCGGCACCAACAGUGGUGUCCGCGGCACAGCCUCAGACAUUGGGAUUACCGGUAGCAAAGAGAGCAAAGCUGUUGCCAGGAAUAACGACGAAGUCAACCACGAUGACUGCUACUGUUGCCGCGACAGGUGGAGUUACUAGUCGACUAGGAUUCAAUACAGGUCAUCUCCAAGGCGGUACCCAGGUCCAAAUGGGAAGUGGUGCCCUCUUACCGGGAGGAGUUCCUGGAUCUAUGAUGGCGCAACAGCAGCAACAAGGAUCGUAUGCGCAGCAUCAGCAGCAAGGAACCGGUGUUGCUCUACCUGUAGGACGAGGUAUUCGUCUUGGAGGAGCAGGAGGGGUGGCGCCAGCAACAGCACGAAAGGGUCCUGGCGUUGGUGGCAUUGUCUGGGGAGGGCCUCAGAUGAUGGGCAUGAACGACCAAGCUGUUGCUGAACGCCGUCAACGCAAUCGGGAACAUGCGAAACGCAGUCGGGUUCGAAAAAAGUUUAUGCUUGAGUCGUUGCAAGAACAGGUAGCUUCGUUGCAGCGUGAAAACCAAAGACUUCGGAUGUUGGUGCAGGACAACAUACCGGAGCAUGCACAAGUGAUAAUAUCCGAGUGCUGCACAUCGAGUCCGCUGUUUGGAGAUGGAAAUGCCCAAUCUGGCGAAGAAGAAACCCAGGACAGAACUGGAAAAACAGCUCUGGUUCGAUCGGACUUUCAGUUGAUCGAUAGUUUGAGUGCUGGACAACAAAACUUYGUGUUGUCAGAUCCUCGGCUACCCGACAAUCCAAUCGUUUUUGCUACUCCGGGCUUUUACAGGUUGACUGGUUACACACCAGAACAAGUGCUCGGACGGAAUUGUCGGUUCCUUCAGGGUUCUGGAACAGAUCCGAAGGCUGUUGAUAUAGUCCGAAAAGCAAUCCAAUCGGGAUCCGAUUGCACCGUCUGUAUUCUCAACUACAAGGCUGAUGGCACUCCAUUUUGGAACCAAUUUUUUGUGGCGGCUUUGCGCGACUCCGACAACUGCAUCGUAAACUAUGUAAGUUCAAUGUCCCUAUCUGUUUCUUCCACUUCUUUAGGUGUAAGAAUGCCUGCGACGAGUGACUCACAAUCUUUGAUUUGGUAUGUUAAUGAUGGAAACGAUCGACUAACAGGUCGGUGUACAAACUGAGAUCGAACCGGAUGCGGGUGCUAACGCACUCGAAGAUCGUGUUAACGCUGUAAUGCCUCUUGCAAACAAGGAUGAAGAAGAUGAUGAAGGCAAAUAAAGGAAUAUGCAAAGUAAUUGUUAAGCAUGGAAGUUUUGAAAUUGGACAAGUCAGCACGAUUUGUUCGAUUCCUCUGCACUUCGAUACAAGAAAUGCCUCGUACUUUAUGUGUUUCUUUAUAUUCUGCUUGAGUGAAAAUUCAUCUGCAUGAAUACAGAAUUACGGUAGAAGCAUUACAAAAAUAAAAACCAUCAAGUUUCCUSACAAAAAUUAGGGCCCAGAUAUUUGUACUGCACAUUGACUUCGAGAGAGCCCUGAUGAAAAUUAAGAUAUUUUAAGUGG